UCUGUGGUUUGAAUAUAUACUAGGUUAUGGUGGUGCGAUGUAUAACAAUUUUUGCGGACCUUCAACACGAAGUGCAGGCGUGAAUGUCGUUUCAUAUAGUUAAUUUCGAACUACAGAAAAGGAGUUUUUAAUUUUGAGGUCGACAAGUCCUGGGUGGUAUAUUAUGGUUGGAUUUGACCCAGAAGCGAAGAAGAAACUAAGCACAGUAGAACAUGGGACUGCAGGAGGAAUUAGCAGUGCUCUUACACGAUUUCUUUGCCAGCCUCUUGAUGUUAUCAAGAUCAGAUUCCAGCUUCAGGUUGAACCUCUUAAUCACACGUGCAAGGAUGCAAAAUACUGGAGUGUAACUCAGGCAGCUCGACGCAUUGUGAAGGAGGAGGGGGUACCAGCCCUCUGGAAGGGUCAUGUACCUGCCCAAGUGCUGUCUAUUAUGUAUGGUGUUUUACAGUUUGUGUCAUUUGAAUUCCUGACGCAGCAGACAUGGUAUCUGAUACCACGUUUCCGAGAAGACGUUUAUCGCCCCGUGGUCCACUUUGUAUGUGGUGGUAUAGCAGGCAGUUUGGCAACAGUGUUCUCUUUCCCAUCAGAUGUUGUUCGCACCCGUCUCAUAGCACAAGGUGAACCAAAAGUGUGCAAGAAUGUUCUCCAAGUCUGUACCAUGAUUUACACCAAAGAGGGACCCAGAGCAUUUUUUAAGGGGCUAAGUCCUACCCUAAUACAGAUAGCACCACAUACUGGGGUCCAAUUUGCAUGUUACAACAUUUUUACAACCAUUUGGAAAAACAUAGGUAAGUUGAUAGUAGAAGACUUGGUACUCGUUUUCUGAUACUGUUGAGAAUUAAUUAAUUAUACAUUUUUUGCUGAAAGUGUGUUUGUCAUGUGCAUAUGUGCUUUAUCAGCAGAACUACUGAACAGAUUUUGAAUAAAUUUCAUUUCGGGUGUCUACAGCAAUAUUUGUCGGGCGCAUUUUAUUUUAAUUCUGA